AUGGCAAAGGCAGAAAUAGGGACAGCUAAGUAUAUUAGCAAACAGUUGAAGGCCAGAGGCCUCCAAAAGCUAAGGUAUUACUGCCAGGUGUGCAAGAAACAGUGCCGAGAUGACAACGGCUUCCAGUCACAUAUUAAGUCACCAUCUCAUCUCAAGAGAAUAGGCCAAGUUACUAAAGAGGAUAUAGAAGAAUACACAAAACGCUUUGAGUAUGAUUUCUUGAAGUUACUAAAAAUGACUCACGGCGAGAAGAAGAUAGAAGCCAAUAAGUUUUACAACGAGUAUAUCCAAGAUAAAGAUCACAUACAUAUGAAUGCCACUAAAUUCACCUCCUUAACGAAAUUCAUCCAGUACCUAAGCAAGAAGGGCGAAAUCAAGGUUCACGGGAUUGGUGACAUUGAUGCUGAGACACAGCCAACUCAUAUAACGAUUAGUUUUAUAGAUAAAUCUUACGAUAAUGUCUUGCGAAAAGAGAAGCUUUUGCAGUCAGAGAGAGGACAAAAAGGAGAAGAAGAGAUUAAGCAGCUGCUAAUACGAAAGCAAAUGGAAGAUGGUAGCGUUUCAGACACAGCUAACGACGAGCCAAAACAUGGAAUCGCCGAUUGGAAUGACACUCCUGCUCCUGAGAAUAACGAGCUCACACCCGUUAAGGGUAAAUUCUCUCUAGUUAUACAAAAGCCUACCAAACACAAGGUUUCCAAGAAAAAGAAAUGCAGAGCAGUUAGCGCAUUCAAGUAG